AUGUUUUCUAAAGGAAUGAAUGAUUUAGGAAAAACUACUGUGAAUCAACACCAAAUUAUUACUGAAAACACACCACCCAUUCACCAAAAAGCCUAUCAUUUAGUAUUAAAUUCUACAAAUAAUACUGAGGAGCCACCUUAUGAACAGCAACUUCAAGUUCAUAUUGAUCUUAUAAUGAAUAAAUUACAGCAAGUCCAGUUAAAAGCUCAACAAAAUAUUGAAAUAGCUCAACAAAAACAAAAGGAAAAAACAUGA